AUGGCUCCGCAGAGGCGGGCGGGGCCCAAGGCUGCCGAGAGCGGCGGGGGCAGCGCGGGGACCUGGGCGGACAGGGGGGAGCGGAGGCGCCUCAGCAGUGUGAGGAAAAGCAGAGCCCACCAAGAAUCACGGAGGAAGUGGCUGAAAGUCGCAUUCCUAGUCUCCUCUGCUGUCCUCGUUAGCCUCUUGAGCUGGAGCUACUUGGUCAGCGAAGAUGGGGUCGCCGAGGUUCUGGCUCAUUACAGCGAAAGUCUGCAGGACAGAUUCAUUGAGGUGCCCUGCUCCGAGGACUAUGACAGCCAUAAAAGAUUUGAAGGGUGCACUCCUAGAAAGUGUGGAAGAGGCAUAACAGACGCAGUAAUUACCAGGGAGGAAGCUGAAAGAAUCCGUAGAAUAGCGGAGAGGGGACUGUCCUUGGGAGGAUCUGAUGGAGGGGCUUCAAUCUUGGAUUUGCAUUCUGGAGCUCUUUCAGUGGGGAAGCAUUUUGUUAAUCUGUACAGAUACUUUGGGGAUAAAAUUCAAGAAGUCUUUACAGAAGAGGAUUUCCAGUUAUACCGUGAUGUAAGGCGGAGAAUUCAGCAAACAAUAGCUCAGGCAUUUGGUAUCAGCUCUUCUUCCAUGUAUCUGACCAAGCCAACCUUCUUCUCAAGAAUAAACAGCACAGAGGCCAAGACAACGCAUGAUGAGUACUGGCACCCACACAUUGACAAGGUAACCUACGGAUCCUUUGACUAUACAUCGCUGCUUUAUCUGUCUGACUACACUGAAGAUUUUGGUGGCGGACGAUUUGUGUUCAUGGAUGUCGGUGCUAACAGGACUGUAGAACCCCGAGCAGGUCGGGUUUCCUUUUUCACCUCUGGGUCGGAGAACCUUCAUCGAGUGGAAAAGGUUCGCUGGGGCACUCGUUAUGCCAUUACCAUCUCCUUCACUUGCAAUCCCGACCACGGCAUUGAGGAUCCAGUCUUAACGUAA